UAAAGUUUCGGUUCUGUUCAGUGUCAGGCUGAGAGACACAAACGAGCUUCUCCACAGGUCGGAUUUACUCCUCAGUUUGGUCACUACAUGAGAGCUACGUGAAGGAAAAGCUAAAGGAAACGACCUAUGACGAUUUCGGACGAUAUCAGGAUACAUUUUGAGGCAAUGUGUGCUUGAAGCGUCACCACUCGUGGAAUUUGAAUGAGGAUGAACGCCCUCACGAGGAAGGUGCAGCAGGUGCUGUGCGUCCUGCUGCCGUGUGCUCUCCAGCUCUGCAGCACUCAGUCACAACCAGUGGUCUGUUACGGCACCGAGAACAUUCUGAGCGUGACGGGAACGUCCGACCACCAGUACAACCUGAUGCAGCAGAGGUACGGCGGCUGUGAGAUCGUGAUGGGCAACCUGGAGAUCACCCUGAUGGAGCACAACAGAGACUUCUCCUUCCUGCAGUCCAUCCGGGAGGUGACGGGCUACAUCCUGAUCGUGGCCAAUCAGUUCAGCCGCCUGCCUCUGGACCAGCUGCGCGUCAUCAGAGGAAACAACCUGUUCGAGGACAAGUACGCUUUGACCCUGAUGUUCAACUACCAGAAGGAGGGGAUCUACGGCCUCCAAGAGCUGGGCCUGACACACCUCACAGAGAUACUGGAAGGAGGAGUCAAGAUCUUCCAGAAUAAGUACCUGAGCUACGCCCCACAGGUGAACUGGUUGGACAUAGUGAAGGAUGGGACGUCUGACAUUCUGAUCGAGGACAACGGGCCUAAAAAGCCUUGUAACGAAGCAUGUGAAGACGUGCCGUGCUGGGGUCCAGGAAGUGACCAAUGCCAGAUCUUGACAAAGACUCUGUGCGCCCCUCAGUGUAACAGCCGCUGCUUUGGUAGAAACCCGAGUGAGUGCUGUCACAUUGAGUGUGCUGGAGGCUGCACCGGACCCCUGGACACCGACUGCUUUGCCUGCAGGAACUUCAACAACUCGGGCUCCUGUGUUUCCGUGUGUCCUCAGGCUCUGAUUUACAACAAGCACAAGUUUAAAAUGGAGCCUAACCCCAACACUAAGUACCAGUACGGCUCCAUCUGUGUGGCCCAGUGUCCCCCAAACUUUGUGGUGGACGGCAGCUCGUGUGUGAGCAACUGUCCGUCUGAUAAAAUGGAGGUGGAGAAAAAUGGAGUGAAAAGAUGCGAGUCGUGUGGAGGCCUCUGUCCAAAAGCCUGCCAUGGCACAGGAAGCCCCACUAGACAGACCGUGGAUGCUUCCAACAUUGACAGUUUUAUAAACUGCACUAAGAUCCAGGGCAGUCUGAACUUCCUGGUCACAGGAAUCCAAGGGGAUGAAUACAAUGGCAUACCGGCACUCAAUCCAGAAAAACUGAAGAUCUUCAACACAGUGCGAGAGAUUACAGACUUCCUGUGUAUCCAGUCCUGGCCUGAAAACAUGACCGACCUGUCAGUUUUCUCCAACCUCCAGACUAUUCAAGGCAGAACACCUUACAAAGGAGUGAAUACUAAAAGAGCCUACUCCCUUUUGGUGAUGAGGAGCCCCUCCCUGACCUCGCUAGGGUUACGCUCCCUGCAAAACAUAAACGAUGGCGGUGUCUACAUCACGGGAAACCAGAAACUCUGCUACCAUGACACAGUCAACUGGAUGCGUAUCUUGAACAGCGCCUCCCGUCCGCGACGUCAGAGGCCCAUCGACGUGAAGGAGAACCGGCCAAGGAGUCAGUGUGUGAAGGAGGGAUAUGUGUGCGACCCUCUGUGCUCAUCUGAUGGUUGCUGGGGUCCAGGCCCAGACCAGUGUGUGUCCUGUAAGAACUACAGAAGAGGAGGAACAUGUGUUCCAGACUGCAUGUUCUUAACUGGAGCGAGGCGUGAGUUCGCCACGCCCUCUGGAGACUGCAUGCCCUGCCAUCCAGAGUGUAAGGUCCAGGAGGGGAAGAGGACGUGUACGGGCCCAGGGGCAGAUAAGUGUGUGGCGUGUGCCAGCCUCAAGGACGGACCGCACUGCGUCUCCUCGUGUCCUGAAGGUUUGAUGGGAAGGGAGGGAUUCAUCUAUAAGUACCCCAACAAGCAAAGACACUGCGAGCCGUGCCACAUGAACUGCACCAAAGGGUGCAGUGGUCCAGGAACUGGAGACUGUGUAGCAACAUCCCGAUUAAUCUCUGGUCAAGCGACCACAGCCAUUGUACUGGGAGUGAUCGCCCUUCUCUUCAUGUCGUUCGCUAUCUUUGUGCUGGUCGUUCUGUACCGUCGAGGUCUUGCCAUUCGCCGUAAGCGAGCUAUGAGGAGGUACAUGGAGAGCGGAGAGAGCUUUGAGCCUCUGGAUCCUGGAGACAAAGGAGCCAAAGUCCACGCUCGGAUCCUCAAGCCAACAGAGCUUCGGAAGAUCAAGCUACUGGGCAAUGGAGUCUUCGGAUCAGUCCAUAAGGGCAUUUGGAUUCCUGAAGGCGAUACAGUGAAACUUCCUGUGGCCAUAAAGACGAUUCAUGAUCGUACCGGUCGACAGACUUUCUGUGAAGUGACAGAUCACUUAAAGGCGAUGGGAAGCCUGGACCAUGUUAAUGUUGUCAGGAUCCUGGGCGUCUGUCCUGGAGACUCCCUGCAGCUUGUCACCCAGCUCAGCAGUCACGGUUCCCUGCUGGAGCACGUCAAGGACUGCAAGAACAAACUAAACCCUCAGAGGCUGCUCAACUGGUGCGUUCAGAUCGCCAAGGGUAUGUAUUACCUGGAGGAGAACAGGAUGGUCCACAGGAACCUAGCUGCCAGAAACGUGCUCCUGAAGAACAACUACACUGCCCAGAUCUCUGACUACGGCAUUGCAGACCUUCUCUACCCCGACGACAAGAAGGGCUUUUACAACGAAGUUAAUUUACCAAUCAAAUGGAUGGCCCUGGAAAGCAUCUUGUUUCGCAGAUACACUCACCAGAGUGACGUCUGGAGUUACGGUGUAACGAUUUGGGAGAUGAUGUCCUAUGGAGCAGAGCCAUACGCAACCAUGCGUCAGCAGGAAGUUCCUGAUCUGUUGGAAAAGGGAGAGCGUCUGUCCCAGCCUCAGAUCUGCACCAUCGAUGUCUACAUGGUCAUGGUCAAGUGUUGGAUGAUUGAUGAGAACGUGCGUCCAACCUUCAAGGAGCUGGCUAAUGAGUUUACAAGAAUGGCCAGAGACCCACCUCGCUACCUAGUAAUCAAAGAGGACUGCAGUCAGCAAGACUCAGCCCCAGACGAACCUGUCCAGAGAAGUGCCGACCUGGAUGACUUGGAUGAAUUGGACUUUGACCUGGAGGUCCACGAGGAAAACUUAGCUAUGGACUCCAUGUCUUCAGGUCCACUCUACCUAACUCCAUCCAGGAGUCUCAAUCGCCUCUCCAGGGUCGACACUCACAGAGUGGUUAUUAAUCCGUCCAGUGCAGCUGGAUACCUGCCGAUGACCUCGGGUGUUGACAAUGCUGCACAACAGGUUAUGUGGCAGUCACGCUCCCGACUGAACUCAGCCCGCACUGUGUCUGAGAGCUCGGAGGGCUUCGGGACGGCAGUGGAGACGGACGUGAACGAAGACGUUUCAAUGACGGGGAGCCCGAAAAGGCGAUAUCAGCGGGAGGACAGCGCCUACAUGUCACAGAGGGACAGCAUGUCAGGUGGGCCAUCAGACACACCAUCCCCAGACAUGGACGAGGAGGAUCAGAAUGGAUACGUGCUUCCUGGAGACAGCCCUGAGCGAGAUACUCUACUUUUCCUAUCACGAGCCGCUCCUGACAGGAGAGGCAAGUCUCAGUCAUCAGGCUUCCUAAUUGACCCAGAUGAUGAAGACUACGAGUAUAUGAACAAGAAGACGCCUGUGACACUCCGGCCCAACAGCCUCAGACCAAACAACAAACGAACCUCCUCCGUGUCAUCACAAACGACGGCAUACUCCAGUGACACCACAUCAUCCGUAGAGGUUAGGGGAGGCAACAGGAGGAGCAAAGACAACUGUGAUUCAGAGCAGCAGGGAAUAAACAACGUCGAAUAUGAAUACAUGGACAUCAGAGGCAAUGAAAAGGACGACGCUCCAGCGCACGACCGUCAUCUUCCCGGUCCUGCGCGGAUCAGAAACAGACGGGUGGAGGAUGAGGAGGAGGAAUAUGUGGAGGACAGUAACUAUCACUACACAAACAGGCAGCCAAAACUGCGUCAAGCCCUUCAAGAGAGGAGGCAGUUGAAGAUACAGGGGAGAGAUGAAGACGAGGCUGACGAGUACGAGGACAUGGACUGCUUUGCCGCCCGGCUCUCUGGAGACACAGUGAUUUACCAGAAUGUGCAGAGGGAUGGGGAGGGAGCAGUGGGGGGCACAGACGCACCUCGAUCUGGUUUUGACUCUGUAAAUGUGCGAGCUGGAAGCAGGCUUGGAGAGCCUGCAGCUGGUGACAGAUCUUUUGACAAUCCAGACUACUGGCACAGCAGGAGUUUUGUGAAGCCUGAGGCAGUGCCAACAUGAAGAACGUUAUAAAUCACAUGAACCUCCAUCAAAGCUAUAUUCAUGAAGGACCUCAGACAGGAAAUUAUAAAACGUGCAAAUUAUGUAGCCUAUGACACAAAAAUUCAACAUCUGUGUUCAUGUCA